AAUGCUCCGAAGGGCUGAGGAAAGUUGACGUCCGAUUGAGUCGGCGGCCAAUCAUGAUUCUAUUACAACCAUCUCAACGCGCUUGAAGGAUUCCAAAAAUACAGUGAGAACCUUGCUAUGGAUGGACUGAUGGAAUCCGAUGGAUAUUGAAUGCCUAACAUUUGGCUUGUCGAAAGGAGGGAUCGAGCCUUGGCUGGGCCAACAGGAUCAUACAUCUGACCUAGGAGAGGUAUAUAAAGUAUAGAUCUCGUCGAAUAUGCCAAUCCUCAGACCAUUAUCACACCGGAGCUCACACAGUGCCUUGAAUCCCAGUCGUCAUGCAUUUCUUUCCGCUAGGCAAGUUGGCAGGGUUCUCUGCCAUCCUCGCCCUGUCAGCUCAAGCAGUUGCCGGCGCCCGCCUUUUGGUCCGCCAAAACGGUACAGAGUGCAGCACCCUUAUUGGCAAUGUCGACGCCGGAAACGGAGGCCGCAAAGUCGGCAUCGUGAUAGACUCAUCCGGCUCCAUGAUUGACAACGAUCCCGACGACCUCCGUCUCGAAGCGGCGAAGCUCCUGAACAGCAAACUGAUUACCUCGGCCGCCGCAACGGGCGGCAAGACGGGCGACGUGGUCACCGUGGUCGAGUUUUCGAGUGUCGCCGAAGUCCUGUAUCCGCUUGGCGACCCCAGCGGCGCGGUGUCGAGCAUCGACAGCAUUGAAGCUGAUGGUGGUACCUUCAUUGGCGGUGGCGUCAGCGCGGCGCUCGACGAACUCACCAAGGCCAGCAGCGGCGCUACUGUCGACCGAACGGGGAUCCUCGUGCUGACGGAUGGCGUGGACGAUCCCAGCUAUCUCAUCACCGAUACCAUCGAGUCCAUUGAGCGCGCCACAGAACUGGGCAUCCGAGUUUCCUUUGGCUUCCUCGCCAUCGACGCUGCGCAGCAGGACUCGCGGAUCACCACCGCCAUCAUCCGUUCCGGGGGCACAUUCACCACCCUCAACACGGCAGGAGACGCCUCGCUGUUUGUGGCACAAGCCCUUCUCAACGGCCUGGCUGGCGCCCCGCGUUCCGGUCCCGUUGCCGUACUCCCGGGCCUGAAGACCGCCGGUCUGCUGUCCCAGACCAGCUCCAACACGUUCUCAUACAUGGCCCAGGCCGGCGAGUCGCUCAACGUCACGGUUACUGCCAUCGACUCGAUCGACCUCAAGGUCACGCUCCGAAACGGCGAUACCAACACGGAUUUCAAGACGGCAGCUACGGACGCUUCCGGAAUUGCCUUUCUGGAACACACCACCCAAGAACGUCUGAACCUCAGCAUUGCCGUGACAGCAGACAAUGCGGCUGCCUCGGGACUCUUUUCCGUGCAGCUCGGGAGCUCCCUCAACCCCUGCACUGGCAACCCGAGCACGAACGCUACCUUGCCGACGCCCACGGCUUCAUAUUUCCCGCCCACGCCGACCACGUCGACGGUGCUCGUCACGGGCGCCGCUUCGUCGAUGAUGGGCGACUCUCAGAGAACAAUUCUGGGAUUCUCCUUGUUCGCGGUUGUUCUGGGUGUUUUGUGUUGAAUACGGAUAAGACCGGUGGUAGGUGUGAGCGUGCAAACGAUUGAAAGAGGGCGGCGACAGAGAAGUGGGCGAACCGACAACCGAAGCCCAUGGCCCGGUUAGGGAUAAGGACAUCCCGAAACAGGAAACGUACUAUUGGUGUUGGUGGUUCGAUCUCUGAGCAACGCCUCGGUUUCAAAGUACUAAGUCAGGUAAUUACAUAGCAAGCAAUCUCUCCGGAGUUCUGAGAGCUGGCGAGUCUAGUCUCAAGUCAGGUACCCAACCCGAAGCUCUCUCUCUUAUUGUG